GGAAGCGGUGCCCAGGCCACCCCCUCGAGCGGCCAUCUUGGAAGCUGAGCGGCGGUAGCAGCGAAGACGCUGCGGCGGGUGCGGUGGGCUAAGUCCCAGCGCGGGUGCGGCUCACAGAACGGGCCUCACUCUUUCGCACCCUGCUCUGGCCUCGACCACGGCGAACCUGAACGCGGCGGCGGCCUCAGGGAGAGGUGCUGGGCAAGUUGAGCUCUCUGGCCCACAUGGCUUCUGAAGCCAAGAACUUGGGGACAAUGCUUUCUGGAAGCAUUUCUUGGCCAUGCUGGACUGUAACCUUGUUCCUGGUGUGAACAUUCUUGGAAGCAUCAGGCAAAAGCCAGAAAGAUGAGCAAUAACAGCAAUAAGAGAGCUCCAACAACAGCAACACAAAGGUUGAAACAGGACUACCUUCGAAUUAAGAAAGAUCCGGUGCCUUACAUCUGUGCAGAGCCCCUCCCUUCAAAUAUUCUUGAAUGGCAUUAUGUUGUCCGAGGCCCUGAGAUGACUCCUUAUGAAGGUGGCUAUUAUCAUGGAAAACUAAUUUUUCCCAGAGAAUUUCCAUUUAAGCCUCCUAGUAUUUACAUGAUAACCCCCAAUGGAAGGUUUAAGUGCAACACAAGGCUAUGUCUCUCCAUCACAGAUUUCCACCCAGAUACAUGGAAUCCAGCGUGGUCUGUCUCCACCAUUCUAACAGGGCUUCUGAGUUUCAUGGUGGAAAAGGGCCCCACCCUGGGCAGCAUAGAGACAUCAGACUUCACGAAAAGACAGCUGGCAGCACAGAGUUUAGUGUUUAAUUUAAAAGAUAAAGUCUUUUGUGAAUUAUUUCCUGAAGUUGUGGAGGAAAUUAAACAGAAACAGAAAGCACAAGAUGAACUAAGUAGCAGGCCCCAGAACCUUCCCUUGCCAGACGUGGUUCCUGAUGGGGAGAUGCACCGUGGCCAGAAUGGGAUCCAGCUCCUCAAUGGGCACGCACCUGCUGCCGGCCCAAACCUCGCUGGGCUCCCACAGGCCAACAGGCAUCAUGGACUCCUGGGCGGCGCUUUGGCGAACUUGUUUGUUAUAGUUGGGUUUGCGGCCUUUGCCUACACGGUCAAGUACGUGCUGAGAAGCAUAGCACAGGAAUGAGGCUCAAGAGCUGCAAUCUGCAGUUGCUGCUGAGGGACGCAGGGGCCAGAGCUUGAUGCAGGCGGGAUGGACAUGCUGCUGAGCACAGGAUGGCCUGCUGGACUCCUGGGCUUCAUUCACUUUUUAAAAACCUUAAAAAGAAAGCAAAAACCAAAAUGUGUGAUUUGGAGGAGAUUGGAGGUUCCUAACUCCCUCUUGAGGCUGAUGUGGACAAGGGCCACUCACGCUUUGGUUUUAUUGCUUAUCUCCUGUGUUGUCUUUUGGACCUGUUUAGUAAACCUGUUUUUUUUUUUGUUUUUUGUUUUGUUUCCCAUUUUAUUAGAUUUGAUCACUUAAAAAUAUAAAACUUAAAUGCCUAUCAAAUAAAUACUGUGUGUAUUCUUAGUGGAAGAGCUGAAGACUUCAUGGUGGAGCCAGUGCUGCAGACCUCCAGUGGGGGCUAAGUGGGCUGACUGGUAACAGCUGUAGUUGGGGGUCUAGGAGAGGAGCAAUUUGGCCUCAUUAUCAAACUGUGCUUAUGAAUGAGAGAAAAUACGUA